AUCCCUAAAUUUAGGGUGGGGGACUGAAGAAUCAAUAAUGCCUAUUCCAAUCUCCAAAUGAUUACGUAGUUAAGAGAAGCCAGGGAAGAUCUCCAAAAUAUAACAGCCAAUGAUGAAACCAUAUGCAAGGAGAUGAAAGUGAACAUCAAAGAGACAAUGGAAAAGGAAGAAGAGGAUCGUAGAAGAGAAGCUGCAAUCGCAUCCUCAUCCUGUCUCCGACCCAAUUUCAACCCUAAAGGCAUAACCCAAGACCAACUCUCAAAAUUUCGUGAACUACACAAGAGGCGCUUGCAACUGAAGUCAAAAUCGAAGUUCAAAAUGAAAUCCAAAGAUAGGGCCAACAAAAAGUCACAUGGUGAUGUUCUAUCAAGCCAAAACGGUGGAACUCAAGGUUCAAAUGUUGAUCACAAAGAAUCAAACUUGUGGAAUGAUUGUGAAGGAUUUGAUUCUAGAUAUGAAGACUCAAAGGAUGAUAUACCUGUGAUGUCUGCACCAAAGAAGCAAAAGUUACAUUGGGGGCUUGACACCAAGAACAGGUGGGAGAGGAAAUCCAACAUGUAGAUAUCAACAUGGAACUGAAGUGAGGAAUCCACGAAUUUGGUUUAAACGAUUAUGAAAAAGGGUAUUAUUCGAGGCAAAAACACCAUGGAAGUGCUCAUGACAUUGUGUUGCAGUUGUACAUGUUGCACAUGCUAAUAAGAGAAGAUCAGUAACACUGCCUUGUUGUUUAUAGCAAAUAAUGUUGGUAAAUAAGAAGCUAAUGUUAUAUUUGAUAUAUUAGCAUUAUUAAUAGUGUAUCCUUCAAACAAAUAGAUUGAUCUUUAGAGCGAAAAAGAUAACUUAGAAUUUUUUUUAUUUAAGGUUCUUAUUUUAUUUGUCACAA